AUGUGCUGUCCAGCCAGUGAUUCAGGAUACAGAACAGGCAACCUUAUUAAAGUUGCAGCUGCUGUUUAUGAGUGGACUACCGAGAGCUGCAACAGCCAAACCCUUUCCCUCCGCUACGUUCUUAGAGGCUCCGCGGCGUCUUCAUCCGGGGUCUUUGCGCCCUCCCCUCACCUGCGGGCCCUUGACUACCAAAGCGCGUCGGCGGGGUUCGCCCUCGACCGGCGUCUUCGCCUGGCGGUCUGGAAAGGCGACCUUCGCUCCAGGCGGGAGACGGAGAGCGGGGACGAUUCUCGAGUUGCGCGGGAAAAGAACGGAGAGAAGACCCAAGUCGGAAAAAAAAAUAUCUCCCCAACUUUUUCGACCGUAGCUAGAUUCUCUCUCUCGGUUUAUUUAAACCCUGCGGACCAAAGGUGGAAUCCAGGCAAAUGGGAGGAAUUGCCCCGUCUUCAAGUGUGCGUUAAAGUGAACCAGCGCGGAUAUGAGCUUCUAGAAGAACUGUUGACUUAUGAUGACAUCUUUUUGGAUUUUUUUAAUGCUUUCCUGGCUCUGCCUGCUUUUCCUCUUAGACUGCAGUAUGACCGACUUACAGGAAGGCUGCAGGAGCUAGAUGGCUUCCUCUUGGAAUCUCCCAGUCAUUUGGCAGACGAAGCAAGUUCAUCAUGUUAUGGAGCAACUGAUGCAGAGAGAGAAAGGGCCCUAAGCUGGUUAGCUCAGGAGCGCUUUCUCCCGUUUCAAAGGACUGUCUAUUAUUUGGAAUACAAAUUAGCAAAGUUGCUAGUAUGUCCUCUGGAUGAGAACUACCCAGUGAAUCGCUAUGCCAUUCGUGGUUACAGUCGUCAGUCUGAUAGUACCGCCAUUUCCAGCAUCCCCAGCUUUCCAUCAACAAAUCAGGCAUCACCUGGUAUACGGAGGGAUGACUUGCUCAGAUGUCCUAGUCAAACACGUAGCACCCCAGCCUAUCGAGCAGGCCGUUUUACAAAAUCAUCUGGCCAAAUGUCCCUUGAUGUUUUCUUGGAGCUCUCUGAUAUUUUGAGCUUUGGCCAAUCCCAAUUUGAAGAACAUCCAAGCAGAUUCCAGCACUCAAGACUCAGACCAGACACCGGUAUAGAAAAGAGAAAUGGAAGUAGUUGGACAAAUGCUGGUGAACAAGUGAUAUCUUCAGUUCAUCUGUGCAAAACUGAACCUAAUCAAGAGGCCAUUGAGGUUCAUAACACUUGUAAUUAUAAGAAGCCACCCUCAGGACGCCGGCAGGUUUUGCAAUUUGACCUGACAGAAACAAGUAUUUCAAAAGAAGAGCAACAGUGUUUUCCUUCUGGUUCUGGAAGUGCUGCUUUGCAGCAACUUAAAGAAGACGUCCUAGGAACUAGAGCUGGCAUGGAGGACUUUAUGGAAUUCCUCCAUAACACAUUAGGAAGCCACCUGUUAAACUUCUGGAUUGAUUGUGAAGAUAUCAUGGAUUGCACCAGGCACUUGGAGGCCACAGUUUCACUACAGGAAACACAGCUGUUCUUCUCCAGUGCCUUUCGGGAUAUUCAAGCCAAGUAUAGGCUGGCCGUCCCUCCUGCUUUUCAAGAACAGCUUGAGGAAAGUGUAGGGGAAGAGGAGACAGCUUUUGCUUCCUUGAGCAGGAAACAAUAUGAUGCCUUAAGACGAUUGCGUUCUUACUGGGUUCCCCGAUUCCUAAUUCACUAUCAGAGAAUCAGGCAGUUAAGGUUUGAACCCUGUUCAGAGGUGCCUAUUGAAGAGGAGCUUUCCUGGAGUGGCGGUUUCCCAUUUUCUUUGCCUGUGCUUCCUGCUGUGGGUGACCAAAAGGACACGGUGAACUACAUGAAAAGAAACAAAGACUGGAAAAUGAGGAAAAGCAGAAAAGGAACUGGGUCAAACCGAACGUUGAGGUCCCUUAAUGACUCCUUUGAAACCCUGACAACCAUCCAGUUUCUUGAGGCAUUGAUGUGCGACCUGGGAGAUGGGGAUGGUUUCCUUCACUACUUGACUCGGUGA